AUGUCCAAUCUACAUGACUUAGAUGUUGCCCCAGCAGCCAAAAUUCAAGAUAUUCUAUCUAUACCUACACAGUUCUCAAUCACUCCUUCCAGCAACCUAUCUGUUGCUGCAUUUCUUCAUCUAGACCUGCCUACAGUAAAGUCCCCGAUGCUCCAGCUCCUCAUGGGCUUCAUCUCACGAUCUGUUCUACCUCUUCAAACAGCCUCGUGCCUUCAUGAUCGUGCUAGUGGUGCACUGCAGAAUGGACUUAAAUCAGUAAUCCACCCUUCAUUCCCCAAUGACCCACUUCCAUUGUGGGUCUUGUCAUAUUGGGUAUCAAUGUCAUAUGCCCUUGAGAAUCAGUACAACUGGUGUACAUCUUAUGACUGGGUCUUAGCUAGAUUCAAUGUUGUUCCUGCUGAUAGACCAGAGUUGGAAAUCAUCAAUGAAGUGCUAGAUAUCUUAGAGAGCCUUCCCUGGGAUACCCCUCUUAAGGGAUUUGGUGGUCUGACUGAUCUGAGAACCACCAAGCUCCGACUACUGUUAGUAUCAUCUUCAAUUCAUGGUUGUGUUUUGGACAGUAUGAUUGCCAUAGUGGUCCAAUACAUGCAAGCAUCUGACGACAAAGAUCUCCAGUCAGUUUUCAUUGAACCCCUCGACUUUGCAAAUAUACUUCGUCUCAGUGAUAAAUGGUAG